AUGAUCAGGGACUAUGAGAGAAAAGCCAAAAUUCAUGGCUUCACAGUGGCCAGAACGGCACCAUCCAUCAGCCAUUAUUCUUUGCCGAUGAUAUAUAGUUUCAUUUUCUUCAAGGCAUUAGUGGAGGAAGCAUCACAUUUGCAACAGAUCCUUAAGGAAUAUGAGAGGGCAUCAGGUCAAUGCAUAAAUCUAACCAAAUCCUCCUUGGCUUUCAGUAAAAAUACUUGUGUAUCUGUGAGAAACCAUCUAAGCAACAUACUGGGUAUUCAUUACAGUGGUAACAAUGGCAACUAUCUGGGGCUCCCUAUGAUAAUUGGUAGAAACAAGACAGAAAUCCUUAAUUUCAUCAAGCAUCGCAUUGUCAGCCGCAUUCAGGGGUGGAACCACAGGUUUAUCUCUAAGGCGGGGAGAGAGAUCCUCUUGAAAUUUGUUAUCCAAGCUCUACCGGCUUAUGCCAUGGGGGUGUUCCUUCUACCCAAGGGUCUUAUCAAUGCAGUGGAGACAACCAUGAACUCUUAUUGGUGGAAAGGAGGUGGCAACAACAACAAAGGUAUCAUUUGGAAGAAUUGGAAGUCUUUGUGCAUUCGUAAGAAAUGGGGAGGAAUUGGCUUCUGGGAUCUUCACGGUUUUAAUCUUGCUCUCCUUAGCAAACAAGCAUGGAGACUAACCAGUGAUCCCGACUCCUUGGUCUCCAAAAUUUACAAAGCACGUUACUAUCCUAACUCUUCUUUUCUUGAAGCUAAUUUAGGCGCCAAUCCAUCUUUUAUUUGGAGCAGUUUGAUGGCUACACAAGACAUAACACUCAAGAUGGAGAAUUGGCAAUGGUUCUCACACUCGUAUCUGGGAUGA